GACUGUUUUAUAGACAGCUGAAAUCUGUCUGUAAAUAUUGUAGGCCGGAGUAUAGUACUGAAUGGAACACAAGUCAUGCCAGAACAUUAACAGCGGUGCAAUCAACAAUGCAAUGCUGACAGUGUGACUUGAUGAUGGUUGAUGAGACAACGAGAGCUAGGUCGACUAAUUAAGUGGUGUUAACUGGAGUGGAAAACAGAAUGGCUCCUCAACCUUCUCCUCCUCCUCCUCCAGAUGGAAAAUUCAUACCAAAAGCUGCUAGUAGUCUAGUUCAAAUGAAAAAGUCAAGUUCAUCAUCUCUAAUAACCCAAGAUGUGACAGAGACAAUAGUCCUUGUCAUUUAUGUCGGUGGAACAAUUGGAAUGAAGAAAGUGGAUGGAGUAUACAUACCUGUAAGGAAUUACAUGGGAGAAGUGAUACGAAGCAUGCCCAUGCUUUAUGAUGCUGAAUAUGCCAAGGAAGUCGGUCUCGAUAAAGAAGACAAAAAUACUUUUGUCCUUCCAGUAUCCAAAGGCCGCCGAGUGUUCUACCAUCUGAAGGAGUAUGUAAACUUAAAAGACUCGGCCAAUGUCAUUGUCAAUGAUUGGUUGGACAUGGUGGAGAACAUCCGAGAGAAUUACCGUCUCUAUGAUGGCUUUGUGAUCAUCCAUGGUACAGAUACCAUGGCGUAUACUGCAUCAGCAUUGUCCUUUAUGCUGGAGAAUCUAGGCAAACCAGUCAUUUUGACAGGAUCUCAAGUACCACUCUCUGAACUACGAAGUGAUGGAAGGGAUAACUUUCUUGGUGCUGUAUAUGUUGCUGGGCAUUACGUCAUACCAGAGGUGGCGCUGUACUUCAAUAAUAAGCUGUAUCGAGGCAACAGAUGCGUGAAGAUAUCGAGUGAAAGUUUUAAAGCUUUUGAUUCUCCAAAUCUAGCUCCCCUUCUUACUAUGGCUGUUGAUAUCACAGUGAAUUGGGCGAGUAUAUUCAGAGCCAAUACAGUGGAAGCAUUUAGAGUGAAUACCAAUAUGACGAGGAAUGUAGGACUUCUCAGGCUAUUUCCCAGUAUAACUUCUGAAACGAUAAGAGCUUUCCUGCAGCCUCCAAUGGAAGGUAUUGUUCUUCAGACGUAUGGUGCAGGGAACUGUCCUGAUGAUCGUAGAGAUAUCUUAGCAGAGAUCGAGGCAGCAGCAAACAGGGGAAUGAUCAUCCUUAACUGUACUCAGUGCUCCAGCGGUGGUGUAUCAGCAUCUUAUCAAACAGGAAAGGUUCUGUUAGAUGCGGGAGUGAUACCUGGAUCUGACAUCACCCCUGAAGCGGCUCUCAGUAAACUUAGUUUCAUCCUUGGACAACCUGACCUUUCACCGGAAGAGAAGAGAAAACAACUCAAACGUAAUCUUAGAGGAGAGAUAUCAGUAUCUAUGGCUCAGGACAGAUCGUUUACAUUUGAGAACAGUGAAUUCAUCAGAGCAGUGGUAGAUACAUUGAGGAUUGGUAGCAGCAAAGAAAUCCAAGCUGUGAGUGAUACACUGUUCCCACCCUUAUUGUGUGCUGCAGCAAGAAAUGGAGACCUCAAUGCAAUCAAAUACAUGCAGAAGGCUGGUGCCAACUUAUCCGGAGCAGAUUAUGACGGUCGUACAGCCCUUCAUCUAGCAGCCAGUGAAGGUCAUACAGAGGUCGUUAGGUUCCUCCUCGAGAACGGAUGUCCUAUAUAUGCCCUGGAUAGAUUUGGCAAUACACCCUUCAUGGACAGCAUUAGAAAUAGAAAACUUGACACUAUAGAGAUUAUCAAGCAAUGCGGUGGUCAUCUGGUCCAUGAAAGUCCCUUUGAUCUUGGUGUUCUCUUAUGCAGCUCUGCAGCAACAAAUGAUGUCUUAGGAUUGCAGGCAUAUAACAUGGCUGGAGUGGAUAUGAUGUGUACAGACUACAGUGGAAAUACAGCAUUACAUGUGGCUGCAAUCAACAACCACCCUGAUGCAGUAGGGUACUUACUGGAAUCAAACGCCAUUCCAGUCCAUAAACCCAAUGGAGAAGGCUUCACUGCGGCACAGUUAGCUGCCCAACAUGGAUACCACAAGACGGCUUCACUGAUCCAAGAAUACACAGAUAGGAAUAAGAAGAGAAUAUCGAAUGGGAGUUUCAAGCUGAACGAAGAACCCAAUGGCUGAAUCGUAUGCAGUCUUUCGUCCUUCGAACAAGAAUUUAAUGAUAGUAUAGCUCUAUAUAAAACUUAGCUGUGUUUCAAUGGAGUUUGGGUCUAUGGUGCAGUCAGCUGUUGAUGAGGGGAACUGAGCAUGCUCAGUAAACACUCGAUGGGAUCUGCAUGCUGUCAUAUGGAAGGAAUUGGAAUAGUUUUGUUGUUAGAGAUUGUUAAUUGGGUAUUAUUGAUUUGAAAAUAGUCUGAUCCCACUUCUGAUAAAACGGGUACAUUGUAGUUCAUAUUCACCAUGUUGAAUGUGUGCUUCUAUUUGUGUAAUAUAUCCACGAUUCCUGUUCAUGAGUAAUACAUCACAACAUGUGUCAACCGAGAUAUAUGCAAUUCAUAUUUUGUAAACAUGGUACCGUUGUCUCUUUCAAUUUAAUGUGUGAACCAUUUUAGAGGAUUAACAGAUUCAACAGAUUAUAGAAUUAUUAUUGUUAUUGUUCAUAAAAGUUGUUUCUGUGUUCAAUUUUGAUGCUAUUGUUAAUGGCAGUGUCAAACUACAUGCGCGGGGGGGGGGGGGGUAAAGUGUGUAUGAGAAGUAGUGAUGACACCUAAUGGCUCCUAUGUCAUAUAAUCUGUAUCUUUUAUUUAUAUCAGUAUUUUGCCUUUCAUAAAGAGAUUCAUAGUCUUAAGGCCACCGCACACCUUAACCACUGGUCUGCGACCCGAUUUUGGAGCAAAUCGCAUUUUGCUCAUUUUCUGAGAAUGUGAAGGGAACAUAUCAUUUUAUUUGAGGUUGAAAUUAAUUGAAACGAUGAUACUAUAAACAUUUUGAAAGAUUGCAAGCCCGUAAUUUGGAGUAAAGUCCAAAUUAGUUUCAAAUCAUAGCCAAUCGUGCGACUGCUAUUACGUCAUUACGGCUA